CUGAAGCAGGUGUCCAACAUGGCGAUCACUGGCAGCGGUUCUCUCGCGACUAUUCUCUUUUUAUUCAUGUUUCAAGCGUCUCUUCUCAAAGGAGCGGCACAAGAACCAGUGGUGAGUCAGAACCUGGUGACGGACAAUGUGUCAGUGGUGGAGGGCGAGAUGGCCAUCAUCAGCUGUCGGGUGAAGGACAACGACGACUCCGUCAUCCAGCUGCUCAACCCCAACAGACAGACGAUUUACUUCAGAGACGUGAGACCACUGAAAGACGCUCGCUUUCAGCUGGUGAACUUCUCGGACAAUGAGUUGCGGGUGUCGCUGUCUAACGUCUCGCUGUCGGACGAGGGUCGAUAUGUCUGCCAGCUCUACACGGACCCCCCGCAGGAAGCCUACGCCGACAUCACCGUGCUGGUUCCUCCAGGUAACCCCAUCAUCGAGGCAAGGGAUGAGGUCCUGAGCGAGGGCAACGAGACGGAGAUGACCUGCACCGCCAUGAGCAGUAAGCCUGCUGCCACCAUCCGAUGGAUGAAGGGAGAUAAAGAGCUUCCAGGCAAGCCCAAGGUCGAGCUGACCUACGACAAGAUGUACACAGUCACCAGCCGGCUGACGUUCACUGUGAGUAAGGAGGACGAUGGUGUACCAGUGUCUUGCAUCAUAGACCACCCUGCAGUCAAGGACUUCCAAGCACAGAAAUACCUGGAGGUUCAGUACAAACCAGAGGUAAAGAUCCUGGUAGAAUUUCCUCCGGGUCUCACCAGGGAAGGAGAGAAUCUGGAACUGACGUGUCAGGCCAAAGGCAAACCCCAGCCACAGCGGGUGAACUGGUUGAAGGUGGAUGACGACGUGCCAUCCCAUGCCGUCAUCUCCGGUGGUGACCUUUACAUCGAAAACCUGAACAAGUCCUACAACGGAACCUACCGCUGUGUGGCUUCCAACGCGGUGGGGGAGUCCUUCGACGACUACAUCCUCUACGUCUAUGAUGCUCCCUCCACUACCCCUAUACCCACAACCACUACCACCACCAUCACCACCACCAUCUCCUUCCUUGAGGCCAAUCCAGACACUGGGCCCAGCACUGAACCUGCAGCUCAUGAUUCUCGAGCUGGAGAAGGAACACCCAGGACGGUGGACCAUGCAGUGAUUGGAGGAGUGGUGGCCGUGGUCGUCUUCGCCAUGCUCUGUCUUCUCAUCGUCUUGGGGCGCUACUUCGCAAGACACAAAGGUACCUACUUCACGCACGAAGCCAAAGGCGCCGAUGACGCGGCGGACGCGGACACCGCCAUCAUCAACGCAGAGGGUGGCCACACCAACUCGGACGAAAAGAAAGAGUACUACAUCUAAUCAAAGCAGGAGCCCUUCACUCUAGUGUCCUCUUUGGGACAACGAGCUGUUUUGGGGUCCAUGGGGGGGGGGUUUGACGGAGGGAUUUGAGUUGGUUCAGGAUCACGUUCGGUGAGAGUCAAGGGUUUUAGGGAGUAGAGAGGGAGGUGCGGUCUUAAAAGAAAGGCCUGGUUUCAAGCCGUUGUUUAGUCUAGUCUGCAGAUGUAGAUGGAAUGUUUUGUGUGUAAAAAAAAAUUCUAAAUCAAAAAAGGACA